AUGAAUGGAGAAGAGAUAAAAUGCCCCUGUUCUAGGACAAAAUGUAGAAAUACGAAUUUUCGAGAUGUCGAAGUUGUGAAACUACAUGUCUUGCAGUCUGGGUUUGUUCCAGAUUACUAUGUCUGGAUUCACCACGGUGAGGUGAAUGUCCCUCCUGUUGUUCAGCAGCCGGUUAAUGAAUACGAUUACUAUACUGAGGGAGGGGGAGAUUUAAACUCCGACGAGAAGAUGUGUCAUCCUUCUGACUCUCCGGCGUGGAAACGGUUCAGUGAGUUGCAUACAGAUUUUGCCGAUGAAACAAGAAAUAUCAGACUAGGCUUAUGUACUGACGGGUUUCAACCAUUUGGUAGUUUUGGAACACAAUAUUCUUCCUGGCCAGUCAUUGUGACGCCGUAUAAUCUGCCUCCAGGCAUGUGCAUGAAGGAUGAGUUUAUGUUUUUGACAAUACUUGUCCCGGGACCUGGAAAUCCAAAAGACCAGAUGGAUAUAUUCCUGCAGCCGUUAAUAGCGGAGUUGAAUCAAUUGUGGGAAUCUGGAAUUCGGACGUAUAACCUUCUUCCGCCCGAAGUGUGGGAGCCUUUAACAGAGCUAAGUAUCUUCUUCAGAGAAUUAACUGCCACAUCGCUGAAAAAGGCAGAUCUUGAGAGAUUGGAUCUUGAUAUCCCGAAGAUACUGUGCAAGUUGGAACGUAUUUUUCCACCGAGUUUUUUUAAUUCGAUGGAACAUCUCCCCGUACACCUUCCAUACGAAGCUAUGAUGGCAGGACCUGUUCAGUAUCGUUGGAUGUAUCCGUUUGAAAGAUACCUGAGAAAACUCAAAAAUAAGGUCUCGAAUAAAGGCAGAGUGGAAGGAAGCAUCAGCAGCGGAUAUUUAUUAGAGGAAACAGCGAAAUUUGCAUCUUUCUAUUUCAAGGAUGGUGAUCCGAUGCUACCAUGUCGGAUGCAAAGAAAUGAAGUUUGCGAAAUGGACGUUGAUGAUGAUGUCGACAGAUUAUCCAUUUUCAAACCGAAAGGGCGACCUAUAGGUGCUUCUCGGAACAGAUAUCUGGAUGAUGUUGAAUAUAAUGCUGCCCGAAGCUAUAUCCUUCUGAAUUGCACUGAAAUCGAACCUUUCAGAGAAGUUUUUGAAGGCGAGUUGUAUGAAAUCAACCCCGAAAUCACACAGACCGAAGUUGUAGUCAAGUUGGAGAGUGAAUUCGCCUUUUGGUUCGAGCAAUAUGUGAAAGACCAAACUGUCUGUACCAAUCCCUAUAUUCUAAGUCUUGCAGAAGGACCGCUUAGAUCGGUCAAAACAUUCAAGGGGUAUUGUGUGAACGGGUUUAAAUUCAAUACUGAAGAAUAUGGGGAGGAUCGGGUUACAAUGAAUAGCGGAGUUUGUGUAAAAGGAUCACUCUACGGCCCGGCUGAAAGCGACUUUUAUGGAGUGUUGACUGACAUUAUCGAGUUAGAGUAUCCAGCUCUACCGAUAAAAAGGACGGUCUUAUUUAAAUGUAAUUGGUUUGAUCCUACGAAAAAAGUUGGUAUGUUAGCCCAUCCUCGGUAUAACAUAGUGGAUGUUAAUCACAGAAAGAGGUACAACAAAUAUGAACCCUUCAUUUUAGCUGAACAGUCCGAUCAAGUACAUUACUUACCUUAUCCUAGCAAAAGGCGAGACAAAAAAGACUGGUGGGCAGUAUGCAAGAUAAAAGCUCGCUCUGAGAUAGACAUGCCUGAAACAACUGUUCCAGCUUUCCAAGAUGAUAGUGCAGAUCAUCUGCUCGAUGUCAUAACAAAUGAAGAACCGACAAAUUUAGUUGAUCCGAAUGGCGAGGCGGACGAGGCUGCAUUACACAACCCUCCAUUAGUAGAGACGGAAGAUGAUUAUCCACCAUCUUCAUCAGACGAUGAAGACAUUGGAGCGGCAUAUAAUAUAGAAAUUGCAUGA